CACGUGUCCCCGCCCCGUUCCCGCAGCCCCUCCUACAUGGACGCAGCGUCCUGUCCCUGCCCCGUGCGUUGGUCCGUGUGCUGGUUCGCAGCUGUCUCUGAUUGAGGGAUGCUUGAACUCCACGGAGGCAGACUUCCCUGCUGAAGGAGGUGCAUGCCAGAGGUGCUGGGGGUGCGCUGAGCUUUCAUGCCUGUCGAGGCAGGCGGUGAGCUUGCUCCUUGCUGUGUUUGCCUGUUGGAUUGACGCUGGCUUCCAAAUUGCUACGACUGUGCCUGAAGGAAAGCGAAGGAGCCUCAUUUUGCUGAGAGUAUUUUCCUGGCAGGAGAAGGCACACAUAACAGCAAAUUGUGCCAGGGAAGAGCUGCCUAGAGCCUGGAAGUGCAAGUCCAAAUGUUAGUGCAACUUCCACUCAAGCCAUGCUGUUGUGAAUGAAGCCCUUUUGCUCCAGCCUCACCUCGCUUGGCACACUGGGGGCUGCCCAUGGCAUUGCAGCAGGCUGAGCUGGAUUAGUUGCCGGUGUGUCAUUGCUUCAUCUGCCUGAAUUGCUGAAGAACGUUGCAGGGAACAUGUUGGACUUGAGCUUCCUGACUGAAGAAGAGUAUGAGAAGCUGAUGAAGGUUCUGCAGAGAGAUGCAGAGCUGAAGAAGAAAGAUGGGGAUCGCAUCAGACGGAUACAAGGCUCCAUCAAGGAUGAAAAGAAGAAGAAGUUUGUAACAGGUGAAUGGUUUUCAGAAGUGAAGGCAAAACGGUUUCAGGAAGAUUUAGAGGGUUCGGAUCUGCUUCGGGCAUCAAUCAGAAGGAAAAAAGGCAAGCUAGAAAAUGAGGUCAACGAACACACUGGGAGAAGUCUGGUAAGCAAAGAUGCCCCAGAUCUUCCCUUCACUGAGCAUGCUGCUGGCACAGGGGAGGAGAGAUCCGGCACACCUGCUCUUGAUACUGCAGAGGAGCCUAAAAUCUUGCCAAAACCAAAGCCGAGACUUUCUGCCUUUCUGUCUGCAUCACACAAGAGAUUCAGUAUACAUGAUGUUUCUUCCUCGGAGAGUGACACUGGAGCAAGUCCCACUGCAGCUGCAACAGACAGCUUGCAUUUGUCUAGAAAAGGUAAUGGACUGUCUCCACCGCCUGACAAGCUUUCAGACGAUGCUGUGCCACAGCCCAGCUGUGCAGCUGAAGAAGCUGCUGGUGGAGCCACUGGCACCAUAGCAGGACCAAAAAGUGCACCAGAAGAAGCUUAUGCUCCCAGCAAGAUACCUGUUAAGAGGAAACCAAGCAGAAGUCUCUCCAGAUCGGAGCAGUUUGUGAAUCACCUGGGGCCAGCCGAGAACUACCUUGAAAAGAGAGAGCUACUGUCAAGCCCCAGAUUGCUGACUACAGAGGGGGAAAGCAGCCAGGCAGUGAAGUCAGGCGUGAACUACACAAUCUCAUCAAUGAGUAAUAAAGAGGAGGACAUUGGCCUUGAUCGUGAGCACUUCAAGAAUUUGAAGAACUUCUGGGAGAAGGGAGCAGACUCUGUGAUGAUGGGAAGCAUGCCCGAGUCCUCAGGCUUGCUGGAGGCAGAUGGCCCGCAGUUCAAGCUGUGCCGCUCGUUCUCCGUGCAGUCAGGCCAUGGCCAGAACAGUGAAGAAAAACCUGGGGCCUUCACCAAAACAAGAACCCCUUACAAAAGGACAAUAGCUUUAUCUUCCAGUGAGGAAGAACCAAGCUAUGUAGCUCCUGUGAGGAAAGGAUCCAUUUCCAUUGCUCCAAGGUCUACAUAUGCCAAGAGCAAAGGAAACCUGGUUACAAGAAAUAAUUCACUGGGUGAAAGCAAUGGGAAGCCAUUGGUGCCAGAGGAAGAGAAGGCUGUACAGCGCAGCUCCAAGAAAUCCAGAUUGCCUGUGCGAGUGCCUUCCAUCAAAAUUGAGUCUCCUACCAAGGAAGUAUCUGGCAGCAUGUUUGAGCCAGAGACGCCUACAGAGAAGUUUAUCGUGGCUGAGGAGCGCAAGCGCGCAGUGAGUUCUUUGGCAAGCAGGGCACAGACACUGAUUGAGCCUGCGCUUGCAGGUGGUGACAAAGAUGAUGAGAAAGCACAAAGAUCUGAUGUGGGCACUCAUGACAACAUGGAAAUAAAUGGAGAGCUGCCUGAGGAAAAAACAUGCCAGUCUUCAGAGCAGCCAGCAGCCAGUGAGCUGGCCGGAGGGAGAGAAGCUGUUCAGAAGAUGGACUUGUCUGUUCAUUCAGAGGAAGAUGGGGAUCAUUCUCCUGCUGCUCAGGCCUUGGCCCAAGCAAAUAGCAUUAAUCUUGCAAAGAGCAUGGUGAACAUUUACACAACCACAGAGACAUACAGUAAACCUCUUGUGAUACCCCAUCAAUUUCUGGAACCUGAAAGAGUCAAAGAACUGAGCAGAUCCUCUCCUCUCCUGUUGUCUGAGACAGAAUCAGACACGGCUUCGGAAAUCAGCUUCCAGUUUAGCAAGCACAAAAAGACUCCUAGCAUUGGCAGCCACUCCUCCGACAUGGCAUCUGUCUCCUCGGUGAGUGGCAGUGUGCUCAGUGUGUACAGCGGCGAUUUUGGGAGUGUGGAUGCCCAGGGUACUGUGGAAUUCGCACUAGACUAUGAUGAGAAGAACCGUGAGUUCCAGGUUCAUGUGUCCCAGUGCAAGGACCUGGCUGUUGUGGAUGAGAAGAAAGACAGAACUGACCCGUAUGUUAAAACUUACCUGCUCCCAGACAAAGCUAGAAUGGGUAAGAGGAAAACCUCAGUGAAGAAAAGGACAGUGAAUCCUGUUUACAACGAAGUGUUACGGUAUAAAAUAGAGAAAAUGGUAUUGCUGAUCCAAAAAUUAAAUCUCUCUGUUUGGCACAAUGACCCACUGGGACGUAAUAGUUUCUUGGGAGAGAUUGAAUUAGACUUGGCCAGCUGGGACUGGAGCAACCGGAAACUCAACUGGUAUCCACUGAAGCCCCGGAGUCUUUCUGCUGUUAACGGUGUGGAUCAUCGAGGAGUGAUGAAUUUGUCUAUUAAAUACGUCCCUCCAGGAACCCUUGGUCCCAAGAAUCCUCCCUCUGGUGAAGUUCACAUUUGGGUCAAAGAUGUCAAGGACCUUCUGCAGUUGCGUCCUUCUGGAGUUGACUCCUUUGUGAAAUGCUAUGUGCUUCCAGACACAAGUAAGAAGAGCUACCAAAAGACCCGAGUCGUAAAAAGAGACACAAACCCUGUUUUCAAUCACACUAUUGUGUACGAUGGGUUUCAUACAGAGGAUCUGAAGGAUGCCUGUGUUGAACUGACUGUGUGGGAUCAUGAAAAACUAACCAACCAUUUCCUUGGAGGAAUCAGGCUGGGCCUUGGGACAGGUUUGAGCUAUGGCAUCCCUGUGGACUGGAUGGACUCAACACAAGAAGAGGUGGCCUUUUGGCAGGAGAUGAUGUCUGCUACCAAUGAAUGGAUUGAGGGGUUGCUGCCACUACGUUCAUUGGCAGGGAGGAAAAAACUGAAAUAACCUACUAUGUGUUCUAGAGGAAGGCUGAAUGUGUUUGUUAGAUGUAGAAAACUUCCUACCCCGAGGUGAUAGAGACCACGGGGCUGGCAAGCAUAAGGUUAGUAAGGCAAUUAAUGGGCAGCACUUUGGAGAUGUUAAAUGUUAACGAUUUGUUCCCUGACAGAGGACCUGGAAUGUGCCAAACUAAUGCUAUACUUGAUUUUGAACAAGAAGAAAUGUUACCUUUUUAUUUAAUGAGUGUAUUUGAAUCCAUUAAGCGCUGGCAACAUCAGCAGGAAAGAGGAGAUCUAGAUAUUUAUUUAUUUUUUUACUCUUUCUUGUACUGUUUUUUGUUGGUUUUCUUUUAAUCCUUGCAGAGAUGUAGUUGUACUGUAGCUUCACUAUGGUGUUACUCGUAUUUACCUGCAAGUGGUGCACUUUGUACUUUAUGUAGAAUUGCUCCAAGUCGCCAGCCAGCACAGCCUGAGAGUGAGAGCUUGGCAUUUGUCUCUGGUGGCAACACAUCUGUACCAUGAAAGAAACUGAGAUCCAGGGUAAAUCUAAAGAAAGAGAGGAGUAUUUGAAGCAGAAAAUGAAGCAGUUUGAGGAGGAUAGCAAGCAGGAAUUCAAUAUGUUAAAUCCUUUCUGCUUCAAUACAAAAGAGAAAAGAGAUGGUCCUGCGGCCAGUAGGGCUUUGCAAUCAGGAGCUGCUUUCGUAGCUUUCCCACAGGCUUCUUCAGUGACCUCAGGCAAGUUACUCUAUUAAAACACAGUUUCAGUGCAAUAUAAAUUGAAGCGCUUGCCUAAGUGUAAAAUAACAUUACAUUGCUAAUGGACCUGAUAGCAUCUUUGAAAUGCCUUGUGUGCAAAACAUUUCAAUAUAAAAUAAUGAUGUAGGGAACAGUCUCGUGUUAGCCUGGCAUAAUGGGUCAGGAAAAAUGGUUAGAACUGCAAUGAAACGCAGGAGAUCCUGGGAGAGGUAAACAGGGAGUGAACGAAUAACAAGGGAAGCUGCAGAGCUGAGUCCUGUGGUGACCUCCUGCCUCCGUGUGUUCCCCUCCCCUUCUUGUCUGCCUCUCACCUGAUGCCUGUCAGAUGGUUGUCCAGAGCUGGAGCAACCUUCUUGCCAGUAAUUGUAAGAGCUUUGUGUUUGACACGUUAACAGUGGUAGAGUGAUGUUAUGGAUGCAUUUUGAAAUGCAGCUCUGUAAUUUGUACUUCGGAUGUACAUAUUGUGAUUAAAUAGAAUGGUUUUCUUUAGUCAUUAGCUGGUCUCCUUGUGCCUGUCUUUAGCAUGGUCUGAGUAGGGACACUGCAAGCAAAAGAGGUGUUAGAUUUUAUCAUGUGAGAAUAAACCUUUCAUGCCCAAGGGUAAGUGAAAUGUUGUGGGGAAAUAUAUAUUUUUUUGUACUUCUAGUUCUGUGAAUACUUUUAUAUUCUCUAAUGUGUUGAUUUUUUUUUUAACUCAAGCAGCACUAAUAUUCAACUUAGCAAAAAUGGUUCUAAGUAAAUGAAAGUAAACUUUAAUGGUUAAAAUAAGGUUUUUUUCAUGAAAUGGGGACAUCUGGGAGAUAAUCAACAACUUUCAUGGCAAACAACAAAGGUUAUGCUUUUGCAAUUGGAGGAAGAUAAUACUUGAAAAUGUACCAGUUAUGGUACUGAAAGCACUAAGAAAAAGUGCAUAGGGCAGCAGAAUUGAUGAAUGACCAACAUAAUGAAGGACUUGAUCUAUACAGCAUGUCUACCCAAAGAGACUUUAUGUGGGUUCCAGCCUGGCAUCACUUGUUCACCAAGGUUUUCUCCUUUAGUACCUCCAUGGAAUAAAACAGCAAUGCUGGACCUAAGGUAAGAGUCUUAAGUAAUUAGCUUUCCUCUCUAGAUGCUGAACAUGUGAAUAUUUAUGCGUACAUGUAAGAUAACUUCCACAAAGUGGCCUGCUUGUUGCUGGCUGGUUGCACUGAGUUACCUGCAGGACUGCUGUUCUCACCCCAAACAUUUCCUUAUCCCACAGUGUUCCUCCCAGGGGGAUUUCUGCUGUACGUGCAGGUGAGGUUGGUGCUGCUGGGGCCUUCAGUCCAGACAGGCCGAGCUCUUCCUCCAGAGGGUUUGUCUGACUGUUUUCCAUUGCAAGCACAAAGCCAUCCCUCCUGCUCCUCCUCAUGUACACACAGUUGGGAUGAGCACUGCUGUUACACAGCUGGAGCUGAACGUGUUUGGUCUUUCAGAAAAUUAAUGUCUUUUUCACCACUGGUGCUAAUAAAGGGGAGAAGUCAAUGGCCCAGCUUCAUGCUGGAGUGAUGGCUGCUAUGGACUUGGCCCAGGACUUUGUGAGCAGGCUGUUUCUGUAUUCGGACUUCUUUGAGGAUUUUUGUUAAUCUUUCAGUAGCUUGUUUAUUUAAAUUAAGCCCUGAUUAACUUAAGGAGCUUUCUUUGGCAUUUAAUGGCUUAUCAGAGUAAAAGAUUACACUGCCAAACCGCAUAUGCAUUUGCAACGCAGCUAUAUCUGAGGUACUAAAGUUUGCCGUGUCUUAUCUAUUUCACUUACUACACAGAAAGCACUUUAUCAGGGAAAAAUACAACAGCAAAACUAAGGUGCUUUUAUUGCCAGUGACACAUAGGGGAGUGGAGCAGUGUGUGAGUGUAAGGUUAGUGCCUGUUUGUGUGUGGCUUAUGAUGCUGACAUUUGUUGUCUGUGCCGGCUACAUAUGUAAACUCAGGGCCGUAGGCUUUUGAUAACGUGAGUUGAAUAGUAAUUGUUAAAAAAAUAAUAAAAGUUGAAAUAUUUCUGAUUGUGUUUAGUAAUUCAUUGUAGAAUGGGCUAAGCAAAGUCUUGUAAAGUGUCUGCAGUUGAGCUGUGCAGCUACUUCCUAUGAAUGGUCUGCAUUCGAGAGUAAAUGUGCUUCCUUAUCUAGAUAACUAUUUCUUUGAGAUCUUACAGGCAAGAAGAGAAGAGAAGGCAAGAUUCUGGAAGGCAUUUCUUCCUCCUCAUGCACGUGUGAUCUGUGGCCUGUAUGUGUUCGGAACUGUUCAUAUCACGGGUAGCAGGAACUAUCACAAAUAAUUUGGAAACUAACUGAAGAAAAAAAAAUAGCUGCUGUAUCUUGAAUAACAUCCAGCAGAUGAGUGUCUGAGAGGAGAUGGAAAACAAGUGGUUGAGUUAAUUAUCUAUUACUAAUAUUUGCUCAGCUUUAUCCUUCACCAAGAUGGGGAAAAAGAAAUGAAAUACUGUGAUGAUUCAGGGAGUAAAUUAUGCUGCCUGAACAAGCCCAUGCAGUAACAUCUAUUGAAAAGGGAUAUUCUGUAUUUUUGAAGGCUCGUUAAAUUGACCCAAAAAUGUAUCAUAUAGAAAACCUGAAUACAGAAACACACUUCCAUUCCUGAUAACUGAGAGUGUGUGUAUUGAGCACAAAGCUGGUUGGUCAGUUUGUAUUAUUUGGCCAUUUUGGAUAGCUUCCAUAGAUGAAUAUGUUCUUAAUUCAGCUGCCUGUUUUCCACCUGUCAGGUUUGUCUGCUGUUAUUGUUCCAGCAAUGCCUGGGAGAAGUCUCUUGCUGCGGAGGUUGUCAGAAGGCGUUGGGAUUGCAAAGAUGCCGUAAGGUAUGUGUUACUGGAGCUGCUCACUCAGCAGCACUGCUCUGCACAAGAUAUUACUGAUGCGCAGAAAGCUCCCAGAAUAGAGAUCCCUUCCCAUGGGAUCAGCCAGGAGGAUCAGCCACUUCUCCCUAGGGAGUGUGCUCUAUGUAGCAGCAUCUUGUAGCUGCAGCUCUGCUGUGAGGAACAGGGUAUCAGCGAGGAGUUGGUGGAGGUCCCUGGGGCCACGAGGGCACUCUGAGUGUGGUCUGACCUUGCAGAGCCAGCUCUUGGUCUGCUGUGAGCAGGAGGGAGCUCAUUUGUGAUGAGGUUGAAACCAAAGUGGAUGGCUUAGGGGAGCCCCUUCCCACUUUUGGAAUGUUUAUCAACUUCUCCCAUCCUUCUGAAUGUGCCAGUGUUUGGAGGGUGCUGGAUCCGCUCAGAGCAGCACAAAACUGAGCUCUAGCCUCCAGGAGGGCUGUGCAGAACUCACUGCUAAUGACUUUCUUCUGAGGGAGACAUAGGCAUGGUGGAGAGCUGAAAACGUCUCCUUCAGGCCUAGAGGAUCUCAGCAGCCCUACACCAAGUUCCCUUUUAUUUUACAGCACCACACAGCCAGUCCUGCUGCCCGCAACCUGAAGACCCUCACAAUUAGCCUACAGCAAGAACUAUAGCUUCUGAUAAAGGCUUGUGUUUAGAGGCAUAGAACAAAGUGAACACAACUAUAUUUUGUUUUUUCUUUCUCUGCACACCUGCCUGUGCUGCAAUAGACUAUAAACUUGAGAUGCUUCUGAUAGGAGCAGAAAGCAGAUUUCAUGCAUCUAGCAACCUGUAAUGCCAUACUCCUGGCUUGCAAACAAUCCAAAGCAGCUCUUGAGCUGUAAGCUCAAGUGCUGGGCUCAGAGGGGAAGCUUAAGAGCUGCUUUCUGGCAGUAUAAGUAGUUCAGACGCCCACUCUGUAGGAAGAAAAAUCACAAUAACCUCUUGUCUCCUCCUCUCUCUCCCACUCACCAUUACUAAUUUAUCCUGAUUGUAAUGGCUUCUAUUUGCUCUAAGCAGAUCCUGUUCCCUUCCUAAGACCUGAACAGCUACAGGGACAUAAUAUUCCCAGUGGAGGAUGUGUUCUUAGAUCCAGGCAGACUCGGGCAGACAUAAUGAUGGGAGCCCCCCUUUUUCAAUCAGCCAACCCAUGGCCGUCUUAAUGUGAUUGUAAUCUGAGAUAAAACACCUGGUGCUGCAUGUGGAGAUCCCAUCCCAUGGUAUUGAGCUGUCUUUUCAUUUGUUGUCCAAAGGGAACAUUUUGCAAAUGUUUUACGUCUCUUCAGGAACCCAGCCACCACUCUUUGUACAAGCUGGAGUGGCUGGAGCCUGUCCCUUGUGUGUGUGCUGUGUGUGUGUGCAGCUCUGCCACUUGCAGGGGUGCAGGGACAAGCUUAUCCUCUGUGCGCUCCCACCCGCUUGGUUCAAAGUGUACCAGGGUUUCACCUCCCUGUCCAUUCCAGUUGCAAAACAAAUGCUAAUGCUGCCCUGGAGCAUUGCUAGUGACCUCUCUGGUUACCUCUGAGUGAUGGUCCCAUUCAGCCUGUGCCUGCUCUGCUGCUUCUGAUGUGAUUCCCCCCCUGACAUAGCCUGAAAUGGUGAUUGAGCACCUGGUGGGAAGGCAGUAAAAACACGGCACCCAGACCUGCAAUGGAGGGAGCCGUGAGGGUGGGGAGGAGCAAAGCAUGGCUCAGAGCAACCAAAGUCGUCAUGGGCUGCAAAUCAUGGGCAUCACAUAUCAGAAAUGACACAGCUGAGUGCCACACAUCAGUGCUGCCCGUGAGUCACUGCUAACGUUCCGAUAACUCGGAUUUAUAGGUUUAAUAUUUGUCUGUGGCUGUGCAGAUUGCUUCAUCAGUUUUCUUUCCCAUCCUGAGGUCCUGUAAAUGGGAUCUUUGGGUUUGUUGGUUUUUAAUAAACGUGCUACAUUUCAAAGGA